AGGGCUUCUCCAUUAUUGUCCAUGGCAAAAACCCAACGUGUGGCUAAUUUUCAAGUUCAAUCCACAAAUUUCAUCAAUUUUCUGCUCACUGAUCUUCCUCCUCUCCAUCAUCAUCCAAUCAAAAUGCCUUCGUUUUGCAGUAUCAGAGCCCAAAUCUCCAUUAAAAUUCAGAAACCAAUGGCCUAACAACUCUUAUCCCUCAGUUUCUCGCUCGCAUCUCAAUGGUGGGCGCAAUCUCCACUCGACCUCAACCUCUCAACGCAACUCCAACGCCGUAUCGUUCCCCGUCUGACCCAACUUCAGCUUCGGCUUCGGCUUCCCAUUUGCCGCUCUUCAAGCAGAUUUCUGUUCCCAGUUCCCGCCGAUAUUCUUCGAAGCAGAGCUCGUUCUUCAGAGGUCAAUUUUGUGGCAGGCGCUUUCUUGGGUUGAAGUCGAAUUUUACUCGAAGGCGUCAGAUAGGGAGUGUGGUAUCACCCAGUUGUGUUCUUCCGUUGACUGAGGAGAAUGUGGAGAAGGUGUUGGAUGAGGUAAGGCCAAGCCUGAUGGCCGAUGGAGGGAAUGUUGCUUUGCAUGAAAUAGAUGGGCUUGUUGUGAUAUUGAAGCUUCAAGGAGCAUGUGGAUCUUGCCCAAGCUCAACAAUGACACUCAAGAUGGGAAUUGAGACCAGACUCAGAGACAAAAUUCCUGAAAUUUUGGAAGUUGAGCAGAUCAUGGACACUGAAACAGGACUUGAACUUAAUGAGGAAAAUGUUGAAAAGGUACUUGCAGAGAUUAGGCCAUACUUGGGAGGCACCGGAGGUGGGAUCCUGGAACUUGUUGAGAUAAGUGAUUAUAUAGUUAAGGUGCGGCUGAGUGGGCCAGCAGCUGGGGUUAUGACAGUUCGAGUUGCUCUAACACAGAAGUUGAGAGAGAAAAUACCAUCCAUUGCAGCUGUCCAGCUUAUAGAGUAGCAGUAGCAUUCAUUCAUUCUCAACUUUUACUUGCUCACACUCGUAGUUUCUGAGUUCAACUUGUCCUUUUCCUUUGUUUCUACGAUUUUAAUGAGGUUGGUCAAUGUUGAGAAUAGAGAAUUUGUAGAGUUCUGUUUGAUUU